CAUCGAAUUGGAAGUCCUGACCAGAGCGAUCAGGCAAGAUAAAGAAAUAAAAGGCGGUGACGUCAUUUCCGGCGCGACCGUCUUCUCGGCGUAGUCCAGGGUGAUCUUGGGAACUAUGCCGAAAGUAGUGUCUAGGUCGGUAGUCUGCUCUGACACUCGGGACCGGGAGGAGUAUGAAGACGGCGAGAAGCCCCUCCAUGUGUACUACUGUUUGUGCGGCCAGAUGGUCCUAGUGCUGGACUGCCAGUUAGAGAAAUUGCCCAUGAGGCCCCGGGACCGGUCCCGUGUGAUUGAUGCUGCCAAACAUGCCCAUAAGUUUUGCAACACGGAAGACGAGGAGACUACGUAUCUGCGGAGACCUGAAGGCAUUGAACGACAGUACAGGAAGAAAUGUGCAAAGUGUGGACUGCUGCUCUUCUACCAAUCGCAGCCAAAGAAUGCUCCAGUUACUUUCAUUGUCGAUGGAGCAGUAGUCAAGUUUGGCCAGGGCUUUCGAAAAACAAACAUAUAUACUCAGAAACAAGAGCCUCCUAAGAAGGUGAUGAUGACCAAACGGACCAAAGACAUGGGAAAGUUCAGUUCCGUCACUGUGUCUACCAUCGAUGAAGAGGAAGAGGAGAUUGAGGCUAGGGAAGUUGCCGAUUCAUAUGCACAGAAUGCCAAAGUGAUUGAAAAACAGCUAGAGCGCAAAGGCAUGAGCAAGAGACGACUGCAAGAGCUGGCUGAACUGGAAGCCAAGAAAGUGAAAACGAAGGGGACCUUGAUUGACAAGCAGUUCAAAUAACCAGACUGUUUCCUGAGUCCUAGACUGGAGGCAGACAUUUAGAUCAGGAGGCAAAGUACUUCCUUGAUUACAUAGACUGGUUCCUAUUUAUGUCCUAGCAGAAGUCUUUACAUUGUUUCCCAUUGAUUCUCCUGCAUUCGGUGAGGUCUUUAACUGGGACCUGCUUUCUAGGAGAUGGAGUUUUCUAAAUUUUUCUCUACUUAGGUUUUCUGUACUAUUUUUUGUCCAUUUGAUGCAAACUUCUUCAGCUGUGUAGAAACUUUACUAAUAGAUCAGUGCUUGAAUGUUUCCAGUCUCUAAAGUGGCUGCUUUUAUUCUUUCUUCAAAGUUAAUAACAUGUUUCAAGAUAUUUGGACAAAAUAUUAAAGUGUAUCAUAGAGAAAAGCAGUGUGAAUUAUAUUUAGGCAUAGCAAGUCAGAUCCUUUCAAGUGAUUGUCUCUGUUCUUAGAAGGGUUCUUGGAAUUGGCUGUGGUUUGAAUCUUUCUACAGUCAGAGGAGACCCAUUAAAAGCCAGAAUCUGCAUAAAGCUUUCUUUACUUCAAACACUAAAGCUAUAGGUGUGCCAUCCCAUGUCAGACUUUAUACUCACAGAAGGGAAAGCCAGAUUGCAGUGAAGGGGGUAGGGCAGCUCAGAUCCAAAUGAAAAUAGGGUCUCAAUAAGUCACCCAAGGGAGCUACCAUCUUGUAGGGCAGCUAGUACCGCUUCCUUGCAUGGAUUCAUUUAUAAGAGGGAGAUGUUAUAGAUUAAUAAAUGAUAGCGAGAUAAACAAAAUGAUCUGUUAGGUAUCUUUUAGUUUACAUUUGCUAUUUGCAAAGGAGUGUUGUAUAUAUAGAUAUUAUUUUAUGUCACACUGCUUCAGAGAUACCUAUAUCCAUGUGUUCAUGUAUUAUCCAUCCACCUGUAUUAAAAGAUGUUGGGACAGGAAGAAAAAAAAAGAAAUAAAAG